AUGGCUCGGUCGCUGGAGGCGCCCGAUGAUGGUUUCAAUGGAAAAAGUGGAGGUCGCGCAUCACUCCGUAUCGCGAGAUGUGUGCGUGUGAUCACACUCGGAAAAAGUUCCUCGGCCAUUCGCGGUCCGAAAAUAAGGACUUGACCAUCUCUAGAGCAGCCUGCUGCCCACCCCUAUUUGAUUGAACGUAUUACGGCGCAGUUGUGACAAACUGAUAGGGGAUUUAGCGGAAGCUCGCGCCGUUAUCAUGAUCGCGGGUGCAUUUUGGGCGCGUGCACAGCCUCGACUUUGGUGACCGGUGUGGUGCAUUUGAAGAAGCUGUGCACGGUAGCGCAAAUCAAGUGCGACUCUGCUGAGAUGGCGCUGUUCCUGUGGCUGGGUGCCGCAUGCGUGCUCCUGCUCGUCCUGUUUCUGUUCACCGACUGUAACCCGGUGCUGUGGGUGCUGGCGCGGCUCGGCCGCUCGCCGGCGGCGCUGGCCGGCCGCGUCGUCUGGCUGACGGGCGCCUCGAGCGGCAUCGGCGAGGCUCUGGCCGUCGAGCUGGCCCGCCACGGCGCGCGGCUUGCGCUCUCGGCGCGCCGCCUGCCCGAGCUGGAGCGCGUGCGGCGCCGCUGUCUGGAGGCUGGCGCGCCGGCCGACGCUGUGCUGGUGCUGCCGCUGGACGUGACGGCGCUGGACGAGCACCGGCCGGCGCUGGCGCGCCUGCUGGCCCACUUCGGCCGGCUUGACGUGCUGAUCAACAACGCCGGUCGCACCCAGCGCAGCGGCUGGGCCAUCACGCAUCCGGAUGUCGACCGCCAGCUGUUCGACGUGAACGUGUUCGCACCGGUGGAGCUGACGCGCGCCGCGCUGCCCGAGCUGUUGGCGCGCCGCGGCGGCCACGUGGUGGUCAUGUCGUCGACGGCCGGCACGUGCCCGGUGCCGUGCUCGGGCUCCUACACGGGCUCCAAGCACGCGCUGCACGGCUACUUCGGGGCACUGCGCUCGGAGCUGUCGGGGGCGGGACUGGUCGUCACCCUGCUGUGUCCGGGCCCCACCUUCUCGGACAUGCUGCGCACGGCGUUCGUGGACCGGCCGGGCCAGGUGUUCGGCGGCGAGAUGGCGCCCUCCGACCGGCGCAUGUCGGCCGAACGAUGCGCCCAGCUCUGCGCCGUCGCCAUCGGCGCCCAGCUCGCCGAGGCCUGGAUCGCCAUGCAGCCCGUGCUGCUGUUCCAGUACCUGAACCACUACACGCCGCGGCUGGUCAACCUCGCCUUCCGCUUGUUCGGCGCGCGCAUCGCCAUGCAGCUGCGCGACAGCAAGUCUGACUUCUCCACCGACUUGAAGGAGGAGUAAGCUGGGCGCCGUGGCCGGCGAAGUCGUAGGCGCAGUCCGCAUCCGGGCUGAGGUCCGCGCGCGCUGCGGAAGCGAGCUUUCAGGUCCGACGCAGACCAGGACCGGCCGGCAACGCUGAGGGUCAGGGAUGGUGGAUGUUUUACGAUCAAGGCUUUUGCACUCGAGCUUGUUCACUGGUCCCGUUAGGGUUUCUAGCGGUCAUAUAUCGAUGGGGUGGUUUAGACAUGAAAUGGCGUGAGCGGCGAGCUGGUUGCGUGUCGAGGAAAACGCCUGCAUUGUGAUUUCUGUGCGACGGCGGGUGAGGAAGGCGGCAGAGAGGGCGCACCAGAGCCACACAAGCUCACGUCGGCAUUGUGAUUUUCUCGUUUUCUCAUGAAAGAAUGCCAGUGCUGGUGAUGUCGAUUCACCAAUUUCCUCCACAUAACCCACUCAUGUACGCGUUAUGUUUGUGGUUUUCUCGAGCAAAGUAACUCGACCGAUACUACUCAGGACACUUUCAUGCACCGCCAGCCAUAAUGAGGCAUUCGACGCUAAGCCUGUUUUGUGUUGCUUAUGUGCCGCUAUAUGACGCGGGAAGUGAUAAGAAGCGUGACGACUUUGUAACAGACAGUCACGUCUGUCACAUUGUCGGUGCUAACUGAUGGACCACAGCGACAUUUUACGCCAAAUGAAUAUCGUUCGACUCGUUUCAAACACAUAAUACUCUCACGCUGGUGCGAUCGUACAGUUCGUGUGCCUGCGGAUGUGCGCCUGCCAAUGCAAAUAUACCGCCGUUCA